GAAUGCGAAGCACUGAAUACCUACUAUACCUGCAGCGAAGUGCCUGGAAUGAGACAAACAAUGCUCGUCAUUGAAAGAAAGCACGCAGCCGCGGAGCAGGACGUUUCGCCUCUGUUCAGAAGCACGCACGUCACGUGACUGACGCAGGGCUGGUGGCGGGCGGCGACGCGCUCCUGCGGGAGCCCCCGCUCUUCUGGUGCGCCCGGCGUCCGGACGACGUGGACGCGCCGAAGAUGCUGGCGCAGUGCCUGGCCAAGUGCGAGGUCGAGUGCCUCGGCGAGUUCCUCACGGCGGACGACCGCCCGCUGGACGACGCUGAGCUGAUCAGGAAGAACGUCUUCGUCGCAGUGGAUGAGAACAUUGGAACGGGAGCCACAUUCGGAGAAGACCCAUCGCUGCCCUGGCUCGGCGAGGGCGAACUGUGCGAGUCCGACGCCACGUUGGAGGAACAGGUCUCGAAAGCACUGGACGCCGUCAUCGAAGAGAGCAAGAUGAUUUCGUCUCAAGAGAAGCCGCACGAGUCACAAAGUGCGAACGCCUUUGCAGACCCUGCGACCCGUCAACCGUCUGUCGUCGAACAGAUACAGUCUCAGACGCUAUUGACCUUUGCAGAAAAUGUUGGCGAGCCAGGGGACAGCGACGACGACAAAUGUCCUGACCUUGGGCACCCUGCGAAAGUGGUGACACAGAGAAACGGGCAACUCUGCCAAAACCAAGGGAACGCAGCGAAUAGUUCCGAGUUCACCCAUCGCGAAAAAGAUACGCUGUCCACGCCGUCGACGUUCGGCACGACGGCGGAGCACUGCAGUGUCGUGUCAAACGCAGGGCUCAAUGCCAGCGGGACCAUUCUCUCAGAGCGCGAAAUCGACUCGGGGAUCGAAGACGCUCGCUUGGUCAAUUCUGCGAAGGCUCUCCGUAAACUUGCGGGAAGCGAGAAGGGGUCAGAGAAUCUGAGCCGGCCAUCAGAGAGCGUUGCCGAAUGCGAGAAGCUCGGAGGUGACUGCACAGAGGACACUGAAGCUACCGGGAUACCUUGUCCUGCCACCAAAGUCAAAGAAAACUUUAACCAAUCAGGAUUCUCUGAUGAAGUGUUAAACAUCACAGAGAGGUCGAUCGAGGCUCUAAGUGAACGGGAACACUCGUCACAUGCACAGCGUUUGUCGAUAAUGGCAGUGACUUGCGUGGACAAGAAGGAUAACGUUGCCAUAGUUGCUCCGCGCACGGUUAACCAGAUGCACUUGGAUGUGCCGUUUGCAACAAAAAACCCAGGAAACGUUGCGAUGGAACCGAAAGUGGUAGAAUUCAGUGGCAUCUUUGAAUGUGACUGGGAUGAUGCUUUACCGGAGUCAUCAGAGCCUGAUAUAACAUUCGGCACCUCGACCGCCGUCGAGUUUGAACCAUCGCCUUACAUUGUCGACAAUUUCGCCAGCGAUGCUAAGUCGGUGCAACCAAUCAGCUGCAACCAGGAGAAACAAGAGCGUCACACAGAAGGCACUCCAAUACGUUAUAGUAUUGCUUCUCAUCCGAAGCAAUCAGUGGUGCCAUUCGAACGGGGUGUGUCAUUAACGCCGUUAUCAGGAGGCAUUGACAAAGCAACUCACGUUGACAAGGAGCUCGUACAUUGCUCAAGAGCAUACAGCAUUGAACGAGGCAUCAAGACGUCCUUUGUUCCCAGUAAUUCUCCCCAAAUACACACUCGGGUGACACCCUUUGACUCCAGCGCCGUCUUUCCAGUUGCAAGAACUUCCUUGGAAGAAGAGAACGAAAAAGCGGGUACAAAGCCCCGAGCCAAAAGGUGCUGCGAACCGGAGCAGGACGCGCUUGAAGAAGGUUGGAGUACUGCAAUUUUUGAAGGUAUGCCUGACGAAGUUAUUGCCACCGAAUCGACCGCAGAUAGGUGGGAUACAACGGGCAACAGUGCCUUCGGUUCGCCGGUGCCGGAUUGUCCAAUAAUCGAUGAAGAACGGAUUACGCUGCAACCAUUCGCGGACGACGAGACAGUAGAUAGUUCAUUGAUUUCAAAUACUGGCCACAAGGUGAGACUAAGCGAACAAACAGAAUCACCCAGCAAGUGCUUCUCCGCAAAAAACUCCGGGUAUAUUUACGCCAAAGUUCCAGAAGAUCUUUUGGAAGAGGUGUCACCACGCCGUAAAGUUAGACUAGAAAGGCUCAAGGAAAACAUGAGCACCACAAAACUAGGAGCUCGCGGAAAGAUAAGCGACUGGUAUAAACCACUGAGCGGCAACACCAAGCAGCAAAUUGGCAUAGGAACAAACGGGAGAAGCAGUGAACUUGCUAGAGGGAAACAACAAAGGAACACUCGCAUGCUCGACUCGUCGGGGAUAUUCCGAAACAAACGCAAGAGGAAGCCGCUGUGCGAUCAGUCCAAUCGCAUCACACGGUACUUCCCCGCUAGAAAGCGCGCCGCGACAGUGCCACUAGCGCUAUGUGGGGACAAGACGCUGAACGCAGGCGCUUACGACCUGCCCGACCUGACAAAGUUUAGGUACAAUCGCGUGGAUGCUCGUUCCAGGACACCUGUCAAUGGGAGUACCUCUGCGUAUAGUACGCUGAACGAGGCAGAAGAUCAUUAUGGUUGUAACGCCGACUUGCCGCUCCACAAAACUUCUUUUGGACACAAUUUGUCAGAAAGCUCUGACAUGUCCGAUUCAGCAGACGCUGGCACUGCAUAUGUGUGGGCAGCUCGCAAAAAUAGCGUAUCUGGGUCCUUGGUUGCCACAAGUGAUAUGAAAUAUGCAGGCUGGCAAAACAAGCCGUCCCUACUCGGCGUCAUCAAGCAUCCAGCACGUUGGGAAAAUGACCGUCGGAAAGUGCCUGGUAGGCUGGGGGUUGGCCAACUCACAGCCGAUACCGAUGGUGGUGUAGUGAAAAACCUCAGUCGUUCCAACGACUUCAAAGACGACUGUCCUGAAAUCCGUGCUGGAAUCGCUGCCAACUGCUCCGAAACGUCCCCUGGCAGUCAAAUGCCACACGUCAGGACAAGUGAUGUUUCACGCUCGCGAAUGCCUGGAGCAAAGCGUAAUAUGGUUGAAGAUGUUCGGGAUGUUUCGCACAAUCUUGAAGUAGCUUUGAACGCUCAAUUUUCUCGCGAAUGGGAACUCGGCCCUUCUAACGAGAAACAAGGCAAUGAUCAUAUUUUAGGAUUUCCACGCGGCUUCACAGGUUCGCGGUCCACGGACAAUGCAGAAUUCUGCUUUGAGCAGAGACCCCAAGAACAUACUAGCAGAGAAAUACCAUGCACAAAGGCCGAAACAGGUUAUCGCUGCGGUGUUUUUCAUGCCAAUGGGGAAGUCAGUGACUCCGGUGUUCCACCCUGUGAAUUAUCAGACGGCUUUUACGAAGCUGUUACAUUCGACGGCGUCGGCAUGCUCGCAGCAGCGGAACAGCGAAACGUGCAAACACAGGCGUUUGAAGACUCACAAGACCACGUCCUCCUCGGGAACCAACGUGGCAUCUCCACGACAGGUGAACGGGAACAUGAUUUGUUUAAAGGGAGAGAUGCUUUCCACGACGCCUCGCGGCUUCUCGGCAGGGAACAUCAGAAUAAACCCUGCGAAGAUGACGCAGUCGCCAGCUGUUCCAACGAGCAAUUCUCUUUUGACAGAGUUGGCGAAUACGACGCGGACGGGCGGGUGGCAUACGCCGAAGGAGGAAUAGCAACGCGCCGCGACGACUCUUGGGACAGGCGUGACGGUGCGACAGUGCAAGCCACCGAGGACGAUGAGCGGCGCGUGCUGCAAAUAAUUCAAGAUACACUGCGAGGACCGGUCCUUCAGACACUAGGAAGAUCUUCUGCUUCGCAGAAAGCGCACGUCGCCCUCAAUCCUAAGCGCACGGCCACUCCUCUGAGCGUUCCUGCGAGGCAGCCUGCGGCAGUGGCGUCCAGCUCGACGAAUAUUGGCGCCCAAAACGCACGGCAGUUGCAAGGCGCCGCCUCUGUGGCGCCGAUCACCGUGGAAGACCCCACCAGAAGCGCUGAGAAUGCAGAGUCCCGCAAAUCUGCACUCCGUUGGCCGGGUCACCUCAACGUGCGCAACCUCGCCGCGAAACUCGUGAUGCCGCAGCAAGAGCGGAAACAGGUGGACAGGACAGCGAUUGAGCAACUGCUUAAGCCACCAAAGAGCAACAACCCGCUAGCCAACAGUUUCAUGACCAUCAGGGGCGUGAAGCUCCAAGGUCCGAAUGACGUCGCAAAAUCCACUAAGUGACGCUAUUCUCGUCAUCACGCCCUCACGGGAGAAUGCUGUUCUGUCACAGAGUGAAUGGCCCCUUCCGCAGGUGCAAUCCUGAUCUGUGCUGCAUGUCCAUGUACACAGCUAGGUGUGGUGUUCCUGAUACUGCGACCCGGGCUCGUUUGAGAGUGCCACAUUCCGGAAACUCUUAACACAUUUGUGCCCGUCAUAGAAGCGAAGCGAACAAGGCCGUAUUGUGCACUUCCGGGGCGGUGAAAUAUCCGAAAAGACUACGCUCGUCUGCAAGGACAUGCUCUGUGUUUUGUUUUGAGUCAUUGUAGGCAGACAGCUUGCGAGCAAUGUCGCGAUGACGGUGCAGUGACCGCAUUUCCGAUUUCUUGAAGAGCGCAGUCACCUUCUUUUGCUACCCUGUGUUCGUUUGUAUUCCCUGUUGACGCGCUUAAGCCAAGAGCGAAUACCCCAAAUCCCUGUACAAGAUAUUUGUAGUGCCGCAGGUAAGCUAACUUGCACGGACACAAAUAUUUCAUUUUUUCUUACACACCGUGUCGCAGCUAAUGUGGGCUAAGCUGAUUAAAAAAAGAGCGCUACAAUAUACGACGAUGGUGCCAAAAGUGCUCUGUCAGCGGUCGCUUUGCUCCCGCUGGUGAAUUUUUCUGUUAGUAUUGAUUACCUAAUGAGUCAAAAUUAAAGGCCAAGUUAAAGUUGCUUGCAGAAUUGCGUAAGCUCGAAUGUGAAAUGGUGCAUCGCACAUGAAAACAUCAUAUUCAGCAGCUUACAAAUCACUCCGUUU